ACAGACCACCGACGUCAUGGGGAUGGUGUGGGACGGUUCUAAGAGGCACAUUAUAACACUUCGUGGCCCAUGAUGAUGUUGAAAUACGCUCAACGAGGACCCAGGAGACUUACAGUUGAGGGCCUAUUUGCUGAGCUGUGUUUAUGGAUCAUGUGAGUAAUAUAAACAGAAAGCAAGUUUCUGAGUUGGCAACAGGAGCCCACCUGUGUUUAAUCACAAAGACACGAUACAUGCAACUUCACCCCGAUCCAACUCUGAGGGCUGACGGUCGAAGUCUACAAGUGUAAGGAUGAACUGAGACGUCGCGCCUGGGACUGCUAAAACUUGCUUGUUGUGAGAUAAAGGCAUACCUAUGUUUUUAAGAUGACACUCAACACACAGAAAGAAGGAAAGGAACCACUGAGGAGAAGAGCGAGUACUCCCAUCCCCUCCUCUCGUCAAGGAGGCAAGGGAGUAAGAGACCCCUCUGCUGACCCCUAUCACCCUCCGCUCGCCCAAUCAGCCUCGUACCACCCCGGAGACAAGAGCAUCCACUCACGGGUCAACUGGUCUUCAGACUCAGAUUCGGACAGCUCUGGAGCCGAGUGUCUUUAUCGUGUGGUUUUGUUGGGUGAUCAUGGCGUGGGGAAGUCAAGUCUUGCAAACAUUUUUGCUGGAAUACAAGAGAAGGAUGCCCACAAACACAUUGGAGAGGAUACAUAUGAGAGAACCCUCACGGUCGAUGGGGAGGAGACGACCCUAGUUGUGAUGGACACAUCGGAAACAGAAACACAGGUGGAAGAUGAGAAGUGGGUGCAGGAUUACUGCAUGCAGGUGGGCAAUGCUUACAUCAUCGUUUACUCCAUCACGGACCGCAGCAGCUUUGAGAGCGCAUCGGAGUUACGAAUCCAGUUGCGUCGCAUCCGGCAGGCGGAAAACAUUCCCAUCAUCCUUGUGGGCAACAAAAGUGACUUAGUGCGAUCUCGAGAGGUGGCAGUGGAAGAGGGUCGGGCUUGUGCGGUGGUAUUUGACUGCAAGUUCAUAGAAACCUCUGCCUCUCUGCACCACAACGUUCACGAGCUCUUUGAGGGCAUUGUGAGGCAGAUCCGACUGCGGCAAGACAGCAAAGAGAUCAAUGAGCACAGACGCUCCAUCUACAAGCGAAAAGAGAGCAUCACCAAGAAAGCCAGACGCUUCCUAGAUCGACUUGUAGCCAAGAACAACAAGAAGAUGGCCCUGAAAGUGCGUUCCAAGUCCUGUCAUGACCUUGCAGUGCUGUGAAGCCACAGAUCACUCUCAGUCCUUCAGCUCUGGGUUUCUUAGGGGUUUUUAUUUUUAUUUUUUUUCUUAAGGCAAAAGAGGAUUUGUCUUUCUGAUAAGACUUCUUUUAAAAUUGGACAUUAAUUCAC